UUUUUUACUUCAUAAAGUGUUCUGGGGACCUUAUUUUCCUCUGAGAACAGCUUGUUUAUUCAGUUAUGGAAUAGAAUAAAUACUUUGUAUUAUUACCUAAUUGAUAUUGUACAUUUUAAAAUGUGGAGUUUGAACUUCUUAUCUAGAACUACAUAAUGUCCCUUUAAGUUAGCUUUUGUACCUUUCCCCAACUUGUUAAUUUGAUUCUUUUAAGUUUGAAGUAUUUCAUAAGUGAGAGGAGUGAAUUCUUCAGCAACAUUGAUUUUCAUCAAAUUUGUGUCAUUAGAUGUUGUGUGACAUUGAAAAAUUUGAAACAAAGCAUGAAAUUGUAAUAAAUAAGUUCCUCAAGAAUGAUUUGUUGCCUUGCCAAUACCUGGUGCUCUGAUCCUGAAAGGAACCGUCUAUGUAAAUGUGGGGUUGAAGGCUGUGGAUUAGCAGUUUUCAGCAUUAAAUGGCAUUUAGAAGCACCACGCAAGCUUGUUUUCUCCCACUGCUGCUUGACAAGCUGCAUGUCACCUAAGAGGGAGGCAGCCACUGCAGCUGAGGGGACACUGAGCUAUCGGUUUUACAACCUGCCAGUGUUGGCCCCCUUGAUCAGGAGUGAGGCAUUAGACACCUUUUGCAGACAUGAAAGGUCUGGCAGGAGCUUGGUGACAGCUGCAUCCUCUGCCCAAAUAACAAGUCAGUCCUAGACUACGUCUUGGUUUAUAUAUUUUUCUCUUCCUCCUUCCUUGAUUGUUUUCCACUGCAAGCCAACGUGUCUUUCAAAACAAGUUGUGUCCUGUGGCAUUUUCUUGUGAGCAUUAGAAACCAGGAGCAUUCCUCCAGGUGGCAAUAAUAUUAUAAAUUCAAAAAGACUUACUAACUAUACCUUGCUGAUUCUGAAUCAUACAUUUGAAUAUAUAUGUCAAGCCACGUGUCUAUGUGGGGCUCUAAGUUGAAAAUAAUGCUGACUUGACUGUAAACCUCCAGACUGAAGACACAUGCAGGCCUGACUUGCCAGAGAGGUGUGAAGCUCUCAGGUGAAACAGCAUCCUCUCAUUCCUUCAUUAGACAAAUCACAUCAAACUGAUAAUUGUCGCCAUGCAGACUUUAAAGAGUAAUUCCCCCACAAAAGGAAUCUAAUUAUUUUUCUUUCCAUCACAUUAUCCGUCUAUUUAGCCUUAUUCACACCCCAGUGAUAACGAACGACGUCCUUCGGGAAGGUCGCAUUUUGGCACUUGAGGUUUUCUUUGAACUUUUUUUUUUUUUUUUGUCCCCGCCGGAGCUGUGAACCCAUAAACCCCCGGAGAUCUGCUUCUGUAUAAAACCUCUUUGGCAAAAAAAAAUCCCCCCACACAGAAUCCUCCUGAUGUCAUCCUCGCCGCACGGACGUCUGGAAGUCUCGGGAUAUUUCUAACAUGGACCUGGACGCUGUCACGUCGCGAAUACUGUCUGAGUGGAGUAGCCUGGGUGAGGAUCGGGACUCGCUUCAGUCCGCCUCGCCGGAGUCCUCCGUGGACUCCAGCUGCUCUUCGCCGGAGAUGUGCUUCUCCGGCGGGCACCAGGACAUCGGCGAUCUGUCCGUCGGCUUCUCGGGACGCAGGGCGACUCCGGCAUCGCAGAGGAUGAGCAAGCCCAAGAUGUCCACCAAAAGGCGCGUGAAGGCCAGCGAGAGGGAGAAGAUGCGGAUGAGGAGUCUUGCGGAGGCUUUGCACCAGCUCCGCGACUACCUGCCGCCGGACUACAGCAAGAGGGGGCAACCCCUGACCAAGAUACAAACCCUCAAAUACACUAUUGAAUACAUCAACCAGCUCUCAGACAUCCUGAGCCGUGCGUAACGGACAUGCAAGGACCACUUUUACGCAUCAGGUUAACUCUCAUCCGGACAUUUGAUGGAGUUAGUUUCACAUGCAACAUCUUAAAGAUAACUUAAUGACUGAAUUUCUUUGUUGUGUGUGUGUUUUUUUUCCUUCUCUUUUUCGGCCCUUCCCUUGAUGUAAAUAUUGUUUUUCGGGCAUUUGGCAAUUAUUUUUGUAUAUGAGGAGGCUGCCUUUGUUUGAAUUAUAAAUUCAGUGUUUGGAAUCGAGUGUGCUGUUUGUUGAUAUGUAUAUUUUUCGCUGAUGAUAUCAUUAUGAUGAAGACACCAAUAUUCCUGUUUGCUUUAACAGAGAAACAGGUUGAUACUGUUCUUUACA